AGACAGAGAUCGAUGAGCAGCCUGGCGGUGUGUGUGAGAGCGAAGGAUGGACUCAGCGAUGCUGCUCCAGCUACGGACUGAGUACUGACGGAUCUACCAAAGCAGAGGCCAGAUAUUUGAACCGAGGCUUACGUUAUUAUCACACAUUAGUGGCGUGAUGCAGUCUCAAGGAAGCACAUCCACCCAGCCCUCCUUCGAUUCCCUGAGCUCCAGCGACAGCCUCGCGCUCAGCGACUCGGAACAGACAGAGGAUGACACAGAUGUCUUUUUGAUGGACAGCUCUUCCUCCGUCGUCAUCGGUGAAGUGGCAUCCAGAAACGGCAUGGAAGCAAGGAGCCCCAGGUCCCAAUGGACGUACAGCAGCUUUCAGAGGAAGGAGGAGGAGACAUACAGGCUGCAGAACCACAGCAAAGGGGCAGACUUCGGCCUGGUCCGCACAGAUCCUGCGGGCCAGAGACCGAAAUCACAGGGAGACCUGCUGUUUGCUCAGAAGUGUGCUGAGCUGCAGGGUUUCGUCAGGCCGCUCCUGGAGUUGCUGAAUGGACUGAAGAGCGGUCGAUUUGACCACGGUUUAAGCAGUUUCCAGCAGAGCGUCGCCAUGGAUCGCAUCCAAAGGAUUGUCGGAGUUUUGCAGAGACCACAUUGUGGGGAGAAGUACCUAAACACUUUGCUCCAGGUGGAGGCGAUGUUACAGCUCUGGUUUCCACAUAUCUCCAGUCAGCCUGUGUCCUCGUCCUCCAGUGUUGCCACAUCCCCCACUCAUUCCCUCCAGGACACUUCCAGCUCUACUCCGCCGCACAAACACAGAGAUCAGCUGCAUAUUCCAGUCAAGAAGCGCAGACUCAGCUGGACAGACACAGACUCUCCCACAUCCUCCCCAAUACCUAUCAAGUGCCGUCGUAGCAGUGGAGAGGAGAGCAGGGAGAAGCACAAUCAAGAUGAAAGGAAUCCGUCUACCUCUUCUCCAUUGCUGUCUUCUAAGGCUUUACCAGGCGUGGUCUGCGGCAGCCAGCUAAUCGAUGGCCCAAAGGGAAAUGACAGCGAGGGCGACCCGGACGAGCAUUCCAAGUACAAAGGAGCCCAGAGCUCCGAGCCCAGGCUGACCUGGGUGCAUGUCGCUCCCAUCCCAUCCCCGCGGAAAUCUUGUCUCGCACACGGGGUCACAAAAAUGGAAGUAAUCGACGAAAGCGUUCCCACUGCGAGCAGCAGGGGCAGUCCAGCAAUGCAAGACUGCUCCAUCUCGUCCACCACCCCCGCUAACAACCCCAAAAAUCAAAAGAAACCAACGCAGUGCCAAAGCCAGCUCGCUGCUUCAGGACAACGAGGUGAGACUACAGGGACAUGUCAAGGUCAAAGCCAGCCCACACUUGUCUCAUUGAAGCCCCUGGCCCGCGUAUGUCCCUCCACUGUGGAGACCUGACACACCUAACAAGGAAAUAGCCGGCAGCCUUGGCCCAUUCACAACACCCAAGGCUUAAAGCUGCUGCAACACAAAUAAAGGGGAAAAAAGGAUGUUUAUGUAUGCAUUUCAUAUGGAGGAGAAAAGCUGUUAGUGGAGAUUGGUAUAUAGGACAAAGUGUUCUGCAACGGGGUGAAGGGAGAAGGAAACUUUGGAAGUGAGGUUCUGAUAAAACACUAUAGGCACUUAAUAACUUAUCUGGCUCUUUUUCUUUAGUAUAAAUCCAGAAUAGUUGGUCCUGGAGGCUAAAGGUGAUAGCUAAUAAAAAAGGACACUUAACCUCAAAA